AUGCAAGGGGAUACCCUCAGUCCGCUCCUCUUCUGUAUGGCCAUAGCUCCUAUAUCGGCGUGGCUACGUAACAACAAGGGACCCCUAGAGAUCAACCAUCUCUUCUAUAUGGAUGAUCUAAAGGUUUACUCGCCCAGAUGGGAUGAUAUAGUGAAAGCCCAAGAGGGCAUCCAGAAAGUGGCUGGAGAGUUAGGACUUCGAAUGAAUCCCAGCAAGUGUGCUGUGAAUUCACUGAACCACCCCCCGCCACUGGUCACAACACCUGGGAUGGAAGAGAUACCUGUCCUAGGUACAAGUUCGCUCUACAAGUAUUUAGGAGCAGAACAAAACGCUCUUGUAAGUGUGGAUCAACUGUGGUCUCGUACUAGAGAAAAAGCGUUGGCCGCAGCCCGAAGGAUUAUGCUCAGCGACCUUGCGGUUCGCCAAAAGGUCAAUGGGUAUAACCAAGUGGUGAUCCCAAAACUAAAAUAUGCGAUCUCGUGUGUAAUCUAUGGAACAGGAAAGUUCUGCACAAUGAGAAAGCAAGGCAAGAGCGUUCGAAUGAAAGUCGCCCAAUCGCAUUUGCGAUUCGGCCACAGCUGCGUACCAAGACUCUACGUUAACAAAGAAGAAGGAGGAUUGGGACUGAAGUCCGCAGAGGAGGAGAUGGAGCACACCAUUGUUUAUACAUGGUGUUAUCUCGCCUCUCGACCAGAAUUCCACAUCCCCUAUCAUCUUUGUGAAAGCCUAAGAGGCAGCAACAAACGAUCACUCACCUCCGACUUUAGAGCCGUGAUGGCUGAAAACAGGUUGGAGGAUGAAGUGACUCGCAUUGCUCAAGCUUCUAUUCAAGUGAAAGAUCGAACAUUCGCAGCGGCCACAGAAGCCGCAAGAGCAAUAUCUACCCUCGUUCACGAACGAUGGGCACGAACGCGAAUGUAUGAAUGGAAGCAAAGAGUGGUAGCGAGCAGAGUGAUCAGUAACAACGAGACGAACGAGCAACCAUACGUCUGUCACAAGGAUUCGUUCUUGUGGUCACAGACCGGAUGGGUGUCCUCUGAAGUCUUACGAAACGUUUGGGCUGCCCAAGAGGCUUCUCUGCCGACAAAAGCCAGCGCUUCAGGACAAUCAAUCUGGGACGAAUAG